CCAAUGAUAAUUGGAUAGCAUAUGAAUUUUGGUGGAACGCGACACGUUAUUACCACGCCUAAGGAACCGGAGAAAAGGUUUUAAAAAAGAAGAAAAAGAAAGAAUCUAACGCGCUGAAGAGUUGCUUAUGUUUUACGCGGCAGAUUUAACAAACUAUUGAGUUCUGCAAAUCAUCUUCUCAAUUCAAACAUUAGAAAAACAAAACAAUGGAGGUAGAAGAAAAUCCUCAAUUGCAAACGCGACCUGAGUCAUCGCCAAUGGAAGUUGAACAAAUAGAUCGGAGGCCGGCGGCUCUCGGAGACCUCCGCAUUCUUCCCGACGAAGUUUUGUGCGCUAUACUGACUUUUCUCACUCCUCGCGAUGUCGCUCGCCUUUCCUGUGUUAGCAGUGUGAUGUAUAUUCUAUGCAAUGAGGAGCCCCUAUGGAUGAGCAUAUGCCUUGAUAUUGCUAAUCGUCAGCUUCAGUAUAAAGGCUCCUGGAAAAGAACAGCCCUGGACCAAUUGAAUGUGGCUUUUGAAAACAAGGAAUCCUGCCGGAAGCCGCUACACUUUGAUGGAUUCAAUUCUUUGUUCCUGUAUCGUAGAUUAUACCGGUGCUAUACAUCAUUGAAUGGAUUUUAUUAUGAUACCGGAAACGUGGAAAGAGCGAAGAACCUUUCUAUAGAAGAGUUUCAUGAUAAGUAUGAUGGACAGAAACCGGUACUAAUUGCUGGAUUGGCUGACACUUGGCCUGCAAGCACUACAUGGACUACGGAGGAGCUUUUGAAGAAAUAUGAAGAUACAGCAUUUAAAUUAUCUCAAAGAAGUCGUCACAAGAUUAAGAUAAAACUUAAGGAAUAUGUGUCAUAUAUCAAACUUCAGCAUGACGAGGAUCCUCUUUACAUUUUUGAUGAGAAGUUCGGGGAAACUGCACCAGAAUUGUUGAAGGAUUACAGUGUUCCAAAUAUAUUCAAAGAAGACUUCUUUGAUGUGCUGAACAGGGAUCAACGACCUCCUUUCAGAUGGCUCAUUAUUGGACCGGAGAGGUCUGGUGCCUCUUGGCAUGUUGAUCCUGCCCUAACUAGUGCGUGGAAUACACUUUUAUGUGGUCGUAAAAG